UACAUCGAGUAAAAGUAAAAACAUACUCGUUGUGUAAAUAACAGUAGAAUAAGAUUUCUACGCCCGGAGCCAUAAAGCUCGAUUUACGAGCUGGCUCGGCAAUCCUCUCGAGUGGAAAACGAAAGGGUGACGAUGCAGGCUAUGCUAAUUAACAACAAUUCAGCCCCAAGUGUCCAGGAUUAUCGGGCGAAAUCCCUUGGCCUGGAACGAAUCAAGUGGUUCUUUCUCUCUCUCUCUUUCUGUCGUUUGUCGAGGAGCCGUCCUCGCUGCUUUGUGAAGUCUCCUUAAUAUGCGAGAAGGAGCAGCGACUCAACGAGCCGCAUCGACAACGAGCAGACCCGUAUGCGUGUCUCGGAUCUACCCUUCGUUUUGAAAAGCCACCCUGAAAGAAGGAAUCUCUUCGGUUACUCGAUCACACCCCUCUCGUCCCGGGGAUUUAAGAGAAAUCCCUUUGAGCUUAAGAGCGACCCACUCGAACGACCGUCUCCAAGUAUUUAUUUCGCUGAUCUCGAGCCGUGAUUCGAGCAUUCGGAACUCUUUGUGUCGUGGCAGGCAGAAGGGCGGAAGGGGUACGAAACUGAGGCGUCGAGGGUUUUCGAGCAUCUUUUUUUUUCUUCUUUUUAAAAAGAGGGAAGAUGAUACGAUUUCUUCGAAUUCUCCUUCGUAUAUAUUAUGUACUCUGUUCUUUCAUUUUGUUUAUAGGUCGGGGAGGUUUGAAUACACGGUAGAGACGAUGAUUAACUUUAGGUUGAAUGAUUGAUCGUGUCGAGAGUUUCGGAGUUGGACAAAUUAGCGUUUCUAGGUAUGCUUCUAGUUGGUAAUUUGAUAAUUAGAGGAUCAGGUAUGCAACACUUCUGUACGCUGUAAUUUACGAUCUUUUUUAAUGGAACAAGAUUGCUGUCAUUUCGUUUCAUUUUUCAACCAGAGUAGAAUAAAAAAAGUGUUAAUUCGUGUUGUAUCUGCGGCAGUUAAAGUAUAAUGGUGUCAAUAAAAAGAAGAAAUUCCUAUCUUUCACUCGAACGACGAGUGUACAGAUUAAGUGGUUUCCACGAUGUUCGAAGGGGCUAUCUUAUUCGUUAUCUGCAAGUCGAUGAAAAAUUCAAUUAGCCUGGCUGUUAAAGCGACACAGGUCUCUAAUAAGCUGUGAGAAAAAUGUCUGGGAACUGGAAUGCGUCGCGUCGUGCGUUCGAGAUAUUUUCAUUCAUCGAGACCGUAUUUAUUUCAUCAACUUUGAAGUCUUGAAAUUCCACUGUAACAAAGUUGCAGUUGCGAAUCGAAAUGACCUUAUCCCAUAGAGAGAAAAAUCCAUCGCAAUGUAUAUCGUUCGAAUAACAGCCCCGUAGAAUGUUUCCCGCGCAAUCUAAUUCAACAAGAUAACGAAUGUCGUGAACAGAAAGUAGCCAGAUUUUUCCUGUACCGUUUUCAUCGUCGAGAAAAUAGCUCGGUUUGUGAAACGCGGUCCUAUGGUGUUCGUGACUCGAUAACGAUUAUCGAGGAACGAUCGAGCGUAUAUAAAGGCAAGUAAAGAAGGCGGCGGCGUUCCAUGUUUUCGAGCACUGUUCCUAGCAAUAUAAUCGACAUGACGGUGCGGUGAAAGUGUGCGAAAAGGGGCCCCAGAAACGGUGCCGGUAUAAGAAUGCCGCGUAAAAGUAUACGUGUCGUUCGAACAAUGACGAUGGGAAACGGAACGAAAGAAAACGAGCCAACGUCGAUGGAGAAGGUCCAGAGGCUGGCCGAAUACGAGAGGUACCUGGGUCAAGAGGCGCGAAACCUGGUGGAGAACGGAAACGGAAGCGUCGGAAGUGGCGCCGUUCUCCAACGCGGUCAACUCGAGGGUGACCUUCAUCGAAUCCAGGAGCUCUUUCCUGGCGAUAACCUUCGGCUACACGAACGAGAUGUCCUCACCACGAAGAUGAAGAGUCUGAUUCGUAAAAGGAACGGUGGAAAUCCAGGGAGGCUGACGAGAGUGCUGUCGCAAAAGUCGUUGAACGUGUCUAGCAAUUCUCCGGCUCCAAAAUCUCCACCGAGAACCUUCCUCUUGGAAACUCCGGUACAAUUCACCACGGGUGUGCAGUCGCAGGACAGACACCUCUUCCUGUUCUCCGACUUGUUGCUCAUAGCAAAGGCUCGAAGCGGCGGUAAUUUCAAGCUGAAGCAGUCCGUAAGAAUGAGCGAGCUCUGGCUAACAGCUGGACACAUAGAAGACGUGGCCGAAACGAGUAAAUCUCAGGAGACCAGUUUCGUCCUCGGCUGGCCGACGACGAACGUCGUCGCCACUUUCAUGACUGCUGCAGCUAGGGAUCUCUGGUGGGGUCGUCUGACCGAGCUGGUACGAGAGGAGAGUAUGAAGGAGCCGCCGGACACGAACAUUCAAGUCGUGUAUCACGACAGUGACACGAACACGGAAUACUGCAAGACCAUAAUGGUGGGAUCCGAGAUGACGGCGGCAGCCUGCGUGAAUCUAGCUACGCGACUGUUGGAUCUACAAGGACCGUUUCAAUUGUGGGCGAGGACGUCCGCGGACGAAGCACCGUAUCCUUUGAUCGGUCACGAAAGACCUUUCGCCGUGAAAUUGUCCAAUUUACGGCACACGCUAUCCGCGGAGGAGGGUUUCGAUUUGGAACAUUGUAAUAAAAGUGGCCAUGACACCUGUCACUUCAUCCUCAGGCCUGUACCGAAGUCGCCUGUGAAGAAGAACAAGUCCAAAAUCACUGGACUAUUGAGGAGAUCCUUGUCGUUGAACCCAAGUUUGUUUGGGGUCAACUUGUCCAGACUGGACGAGAAUGGACUGCCCAAACCAGUGCUGGUGAUGUUGCAACAACUGUUCGCCAAAGGACCGUUCACGCAGGGAAUCUUUAGAAAAUCCGCGAACGUGAGAAUCGUUAGGGAGUUGAGAGAUCAGAUCGAGUCCACCGGUGAUCCCAGUUGUUUGGAGGAUGCGCCCAUCAUCGCGGUGGCAGCUUUACUGAAGGACUUCUUGAGGUCUCUACCGGAUCCUCUACUCACUUCUCAUCUGUUUCCACUGUGGAUGGAGAGUUUGGACACGCCGAAUCCCGUUCAAACCAUUAAAAAUAUUUUAGACAGACUACCCAAAGCGAAUUACACUCUUCUGUCGCAUCUGAUAUGCGUGCUGCAUCACGUGGCACGCAGGUCGAAGCACAAUCUCAUGUGCGCCAGCAAUCUCGGGGUCUGUUGUGGGCCCAGCUUACUUUGGUCGCCAAAUCCUUCGGUCAAUCAGAGCAGAGCGAUCCCUACGUUAACAGAGAUGCUAAUUCGUCACUGCGAGGUUCUCUUUGGCGAGGGUGUUACUCAGUUGCUCGGAGAAGAGCGCAGCGACAGCGGAGCUGAAGAGAGCACCGAUAGCCUUCACUCAGGUGGGCUUUCCUUGGACAGCCUGGACCUGACGGAACCACCUCGUAAAGACCACAUGUCUCUUUCAAGAGACUCCGGUCUGACCCUGUCGGACUGUCAGUUGUUCAUUCCAGAAUCUCCGGUGGGUUCCGAGGAUUCUGCCGUGAAUGCCUCGUCGUCCAGUUUCGACAAGUCCCUCGUGAAAGAGGACAAGUCGACCAGCAAGUCGUACAUCCGCGUUUACGGUGGGUGGGAGGAAAGAAUAAACGGUUACACAGCCAAUCAUCAUACGAGCAGCAUCGAGCACGGUUUCAGGGAGGAGAAAAACGGUAUUGGUUACCCAAAUCCAAAUUUUCAGAGACAAGACUGGCUGAGAGCUCAGCUGAAGAGGACACCCCGAACGAAGCUCGACGAACACGAUCAUCGUAAGGAGAGGUUCGACGAGAAGGAUAUAUACGGUAGAGAGUAUCUCAGGCAGGACUCGAUGAAGGAGAACGUAGAAAAUUGUAAGGAUAUUUACAGGAAUUCGCAGUUGGACAUAACGCGGGAUCUCAGGUCGGAGUACGAAAGAGCAACGCAACAGGAUAUUUGUACGGAACGGGUCUCGAUUCAUAAUUCGGAACAGGAUCUGGCGGGAGACUCGUCGUUGUCCAGUGACCGCUACGAAUUCAAGAAAGAACGUUUCAACGAGUUCAAAAAGGUCAAGUCGGAAAUGUAUGUUAAUCGGGAAUCUCCUGUCUCGCAGAACGGUAGCUACCAUUCGGGAAGCGAUCUGUACGAGUUCAAGAAAGUGAAGAGCGAGAUAUACGUGAACAAAGAGUCGACGCGUACAGAGAGAUACGAAUCUGAAAGUAGUAUCUAUGGUAAUAGGGAUAGAACGAACGAGAUAUACAGUACGAGAGAGAGAAACGAUCUGUACUCGUUCAAGCAAGCGGAGGCGAUCGAUUUGUACGGUGACGAGGACGAGGACGAGGAGAGAACAUGGCCGGAUACACCGCCACCGCUGCCACCACGACUGAGGCAUUUGCCACCGGUGCAUAUGAAUCUAGAAGACAGGCACAAAGUAGCUGGAAGGUCAAGGUCUCUGCCACCGCCACCUCCUUAUCGUCCACCUCCUCAACCUCGUGCUUCAGUUACCACGAGACAUCUAGGAUACGGAAGAUCCGUCGUUGAUGACGAGAGUUACGUUUAAAACAGGGUGCCAAGAAACGCGUGCGCGCUUCCGCGUGUACGCGCACCUUCGACAAAAUCAAAGAACCGAAAAGUCGCAGCUUCGAGAUCGCGGUGUACGCGUUGGCUCGUGUACACGCGUGGUCUCGUUAUACGACUGAAACUAGUCCAAAACUGGGAACGCACGUACGAUCGGAAACAAUAUAAUAGCGACAUGUAGAAUUAUCUAAUUAGGUACGUCGUCAACGAGGAAACGUUAUAAUCCAACAAAUCCAAGGAGGGAAAUUUAUAUAAAAGAAAGCGCUAUUCAUUGUUGGCGAUUCUCUUUAGGGGUAAAUUCGACUGUUACAUAGUGAUUCAGGGUGCUUCCACGAGCCUUAACUCUUAGGUUUCUCUUCAUUUUCUUUUUCUAAUUAGACGUUCAUAUAGAAAUCUUAUCGUUAAGUAUAUAGGCUAUAGCGGACAAGACUUACGUCGAAAUGAUAUUAUUCGUAAUCGUUGUUUUCUUUCUACCCGAAGAAGAAUAUUUGUAAAAAAAAAAAUAUAAUGAUACAAUGCAAU